UGCCGUUCAUUCCUUUAUUUUGGAUGUCGAUGACGGGAUAAUUCGCCAGCAUUUCAGCGAGGCAGAACUAGAUGAAAUUGAUUGCAUCCCUGGCCCACAGCUACCCGAGCUCUCUGAAGAAAUCACUGGAUUUCUAAACAAAUUCGCUGGCAAGACGAGCUUGAAGGAGAUUCGAAAGCUCAUAAAGGAAAUGAUAGUGAGAGAAAUUCAAAGUGGAAGCUUGAAAGAUGCAAAUCUUGAAGCCUGGUUUAAUUGCCACGUGUGGAGCGUGGUCUUCGAUCAAGCUUUUGGAGAUGUAGAUGUUAUAUCCGUC